UCUCUCGUUCCUCCCCAACGUUUGACGGAAAGGAAUAGUGUAGAAGAAAUUUGAUCAAAUUUCUUGUCCAUUUUUGUAUUAUCGGCGAUGGCGGAAGGCCAUGGAGCUGAGCAUUUGAGAGAGCUCGACGAGACGCCGACCUGGGCGGUGGCCUCUGUGUGCGCCGUCAUCAUCUUAAUCUCUAUUUUAUUGGAGAAGGGUCUCCACCAUCUCGGAGAGUGGUUUACAGAAAGACACAAAAAGGCUAUGUUUGAAGCUCUCGAGAAGAUUAAGGGUGAGUUGAUGGUUCUGGGAUUCAUAUCCUUAAUUCUCACAUUUGGGCAGAAUUAUAUCAUUCAAAUUUGCAUACCUGAGAAAGCUGCGGACACUAUGUUGCCAUGUCACAUGGUGGAAGAAGCAGAAGUUGAAGGGCAUGGGAGUCGGGAUGGGGAAACUCAUCACAGGAGGCUAUUGUGGGAUGCACUAACAACAAUUUAUUCAAAUCGUAGACGUUUAAUGGAGCCAUUAGCAUCACAAUGUCUCAAGGGAAAGGUGCCACUUAUUUCCUUGCAUGGUCUGCAUCAGUUGCACAUCUUCAUAUUUUUCCUUGCAAUCUUUCACGUAUUAUAUAGUGCCCUUACAAUGACUUUGGGAAGAGAAAAGAUUGGAACCUGGAAAGAAUGGGAAAAAGAGACCUUGUCUCCUGAUUAUCAAUUCUCAAAUGAUCCAGCAAGAAUUAGGUUUUCACAUGAGACGUCAUUUGUGAGACAACACUCAAGUAUUUGGAACAGAGUGCCAUUCAUAUUCUACAUUGUUAGUUUCUUUCGUCAAUUCUUUAGAUCUGUGCGAAAGGCUGACUAUCUAGCGAUGCGUCAUGGUUUUAUCACAGUUCAUCUAGCUCCUGGUAGUAAAUUUGAUUUCCAAAAGUACAUAAAAAGGUCACUGGAGGAUGACUUCAAGGUUAUCGUGGGUAUCAGUCCUCUUCUAUGGUUCUCUGCAGUGAUGUUUUUGCUUCUAAAUGUGAAAGGGUGGCAUACCUUAUUUUGGAUAGCAGUCAUACCUCUCAUUACAAUCUUGUCUGUGGGCACUAAGUUGCAGGCUAUCAUCACUCAAAUGGCUCUUGAAAUUAAAGAGAGGCACGCAGUGAUUCAGGGAAUUCCUAUCGUACAGCUUAGUGAUCAUCACUUUUGGUUUGGACGUCCUCGGUUCAUUCUAUUUCUCAUUCACUUUACAUUGUUCCAGAAUGCUUUCCAGCUGAUAUAUUUUCUGUGGAUAUGGUACGAGUUUGGAUUGAAUUCCUGUUUCAAUGACAGUAGUAAGGUCAUGAUUGCCAGACUGUGUCUUGGAGUCGUAGUCCAGUUUCUAUGCAGUUAUACAACACUUCCUCUGUAUGCACUUGUAUCUCAGAUGGGUUCACACAUGAAAAGAUCUAUCUUCGACGAGCAAACAUCCAAAGCUAUAAAGAAAUGGCACCAAACUGCCAUGAAGAAAAAAAAGAACACACAGGGUUCACCCAAUGCCAGUCCCCCAAGAAGUCCAAAAGCAGUCACCAUGCACCCAAUUCAGGACCCAUCAUCCACAGGUGACAUUUUGCUAACACAUCGAAAAGGUCCGACACAAAGUCCUGAUGCUGAAGCUCUACUGGUAGCAGCCACUGCAGCUUCGACCUCGGUUGCGGCUUCCGAAGACAUCCUUACCGGGACAACUGAACAGCUCCAUGCAGUAGAACUGAAGAAAGAAGAGAAUUACCAAUUUAUUGAUCUUUCAUAAAAUCGUAAAACACGGAGUUUAG